GACAUUCGAUUCCAAUCAGAAGUUUGUUUAUACGCAGCGCCGCAAACGUUUCAGUAAAGUGUGGAAAAUAUUAGUUUUAUUCAUUUAUUCAAAGUUUAAAGCUGAUAAUUACGCAGCAAAAUGAUGUCUGCGGCACAGAAGCGUCCCUCGGAUGCAUUGGUUCCCGUGCCACAAACCAAAAAGUCCCGCUCAGAUCUGAUGACCUACACGGCAAAGGAUAAACAGCUCCUGGAACAAAACGAUGUGGAAAGGACGUCCAAUUUGCUGGCACCGAUCAUGCUGCUGGAAGGCCACGGAGGGGAAAUAUUCUCCACCGAGUUCCACCCGGAGGGAGAGCACCUGGUGUCGACGGGGUUCGAUCGGCAAAUCUUCCUCUGGAACGUCUACGGUGAAUGUGAGAACGUGGGAAUGAUGUCCGGCCAUUCCGGGGCAGUUAUGGAGGUGCACUUCUCGCCGGAUGGUGGAAACCUCUACACCUGCAGUACGGACAAAAUGGUAGCCGUGUGGGAUGUCCCGACCUGUACUCGGAUCCGGAAACUGAAAGGCCACUCGCAUUUCGUGAAUAGCUGCAGCGGUGCGAGACGAGGACCGACACUGAUCGUGUCCGGAUCGGAUGAUUCCACCAUCAAGAUUUGGGACGCCAGGAAGAAGAACGUCAUGCAUACCUUUGAUAACGGGUACCAAGUGACGGCGGUUUGCUUCAGCGAUACGGCCGAGCAGGUGAUCUCCGGUGGAAUUGACAAUGAGAUCAAAAUUUGGGACAUCCGGAAGAAGGAUAUCGUCUAUCGUUUGAGGGGACACACGGAUACGAUCACCGGAUUGGCACUUUCGCCGGACGGUUCUUACGUGCUGAGCAACUCCAUGGACAAUACGCUGCGUAUUUGGGACGUCAGGCCGUACGCUCCGGCCGAGAGAUGUGUUAAGGUCUUCUCCGGCCAUCAGCAUAACUUCGAGAAAAAUUUGCUGCGAUGUGCGUGGUCACCGGACGGAUCAAAGAUAAGUAGUGGUUCCGCAGAUCGGUUUGUCUAUAUUUGGGACACAACCUCACGAAGGAUUCUAUAUAAACUUCCUGGACACAACGGAAGCGUGAAUGACGUAGACUUCCAUCCGACAGAGCCCGUGGUUUUGUCCGCUUCGAGUGACAAAACACUUUAUUUAGGAGAAGUCGAAGGCUAAAUAUGUGUGAGGAAUAAAACUUGUUUGCGCUUAAAAUUUCUUA